CGAGUCGCGUGAGCCGCGGCCUGGGGUGCGGGGCCGCCGGCCCGCGCUGUCCCCUCCCUCCAGCCAGCCCCCGGAGCGGGGUGCGCACGUGUGUUGGGGGGCGGCCAUUGGUCCCGCGCCUGCCGCCGGAACCGCCCCCCCCGUCGUCCUGGCAACGCUCCCCCCGCCCGGCUCCCACUUUCCAGCAGGUGCCCCAGCCCGAGCGGGUGCGGCGGCUCGCGGCGCCCCCCGCGCGCUCCCUGCGCCCGAGCACCCCGCGCCCGCCGCGCACCCCGGCCGGCUCGGCUCCGCGCCGGCGCGCCCCUUUCUCCGCUCCGCUCCCGAGGCCAUGGCGGGCCUGGGCCCCGGCGGGGGCGACUGCGAAGGGGGGCCCCGGCCCCUGUUUUGCAGAAAAGGGGCGCUGAGGCAGAAGGUGGUCCACGAAGUCAAGAGCCACAAGUUCACGGCCCGCUUCUUCAAGCAGCCCACCUUCUGCAGCCACUGCACCGACUUCAUCUGGGGCAUCGGGAAGCAGGGUCUGCAGUGCCAAGUCUGCAGUUUUGUGGUUCACCGACGAUGCCACGAAUUUGUGACCUUCGAGUGUCCAGGCGCCGGGAAGGGCCCCCAGACGGACGACCCUCGGAACAAGCACAAGUUCCGUCUGCACAGCUACAGCAGCCCCACCUUCUGCGACCACUGCGGCUCGCUCCUCUACGGGCUCGUGCACCAGGGCAUGAAGUGCUCCUGCUGCGAGAUGAACGUGCACCGGCGCUGUGUGCGCAGCGUGCCCUCUCUGUGCGGCGUGGACCACACCGAGCGCAGGGGCCGCCUGCAGCUGGAAAUCCGGGCUCCCACGGCCGAGGAGAUUCACAUCACGGUGGGCGAGGCCCGGAACCUCAUCCCCAUGGAUCCCAAUGGCCUGUCUGACCCUUAUGUGAAACUGAAGCUCAUCCCGGAUCCCCGGAAUUUGACAAAGCAAAAGACCCGGACGGUGAAGGCCACCCUCAACCCCGUGUGGAACGAGACCUUUGUGUUCAACCUGAAACCUGGAGAUGUGGAGCGUAGGCUGAGCGUGGAGGUGUGGGACUGGGACCGGACCUCCCGCAACGACUUCAUGGGCGCCAUGUCCUUCGGGGUGUCAGAGCUGCUCAAGGCACCCGUGGAUGGCUGGUACAAGUUACUGAACCAGGAGGAGGGAGAAUAUUACAACGUGCCGGUGGCUGAUGCUGACAACUGCAGCCUCCUCCAGAAGUUUGAGGCCUGUAACUACCCCCUGGAACUGUAUGAGCGGGUACGGAUGGGUCCCUCCUCUCCCAUCCCCUCCCCGUCCCCCAGUCCCACUGAUCCCAAACGCUGCUUCUUUGGGGCGAGCCCUGGACGCCUACACAUGUCAGACUUCAGCUUCCUCAUGGUCCUCGGAAAAGGCAGCUUUGGGAAGGUGAUGCUGGCCGAGCGCAGGGGCUCAGAUGAGCUCUAUGCCAUCAAGAUCCUGAAGAAAGACGUGAUCGUCCAGGAUGACGACGUGGACUGCACGCUGGUGGAGAAACGCGUGCUGGCGCUGGGUGGCCGAGGCCCCGGCGGCCGGCCCCACUUUCUCACUCAGCUCCACUCCACCUUCCAGACCCCGGACCGCUUGUAUUUUGUGAUGGAGUAUGUCACCGGGGGCGAUCUGAUGUACCACAUCCAGCAGCUGGGCAAGUUCAAGGAGCCUCAUGCAGCGUUCUAUGCGGCAGAAAUUGCCAUCGGCCUCUUCUUCCUCCACAACCAGGGGAUCAUUUACCGAGACCUGAAACUGGAUAAUGUGAUGCUGGACGCCGAGGGACACAUCAAAAUCACUGACUUUGGCAUGUGCAAGGAGAAUGUCUUCCCGGGUACCACCACCCGCACCUUCUGCGGAACCCCAGACUACAUAGCUCCCGAGAUCAUCGCCUACCAGCCCUAUGGGAAGUCUGUCGAUUGGUGGUCCUUUGGGGUUCUCCUGUAUGAGAUGCUAGCAGGGCAGCCUCCCUUUGACGGGGAGGAUGAAGAGGAGCUGUUCCAGGCCAUCAUGGAGCAAACUGUUACCUACCCUAAAUCGCUCUCCCGGGAAGCUGUGGCCAUCUGCAAGGGGUUCCUAACCAAGCACCCGGCCAAGCGCCUGGGCUCAGGGCCGGACGGGGAGGCCACCAUCCGCGCCCACGGCUUCUUCCGCUGGACAGACUGGGAGAGGUUGGAGCGCCUGGAGAUCCCGCCGCCCUUCCGGCCGCGCCCGUGUGGCCGCAGCGGCGAGAACUUCGACAAGUUCUUCACGCGAGCGGCGCCCGCGCUGACCCCCCCAGACCGCCUGGUCCUGGCCAGCAUCGACCAGUCCGAUUUCCAAGGCUUCACCUACGUGAAUCCGGAUUUCGUGCACCCGGACGCCCGCAGCCCCGUCAGCCCGGUGCCCGUGCCCGUUCUGUGAUCGCGCCUGCUGCCACGAGGUGUCGCUGCUGCCCCCGCCGUCGCGCCGGCCCUCCCUCAUGCCCCCAGACCCCCGCCCGUCACCCCCCCCUCCCCGCCCCGUUUCGCUCCCGAGCAUUCUGGCUUCUCCCCCGCGGGGGUUGCGCGCCCCUGCCACGCCCUCCCGGCACGCUGCACUCGGCCCAGUCUCACCGGGGUCUGGAUUCUGCUGAAUGGGCUCGCUCAUCUCAAGGGGACUGGACUGCGACUCCCGGGGGCCUGAAUCUACAGCCCCGCCGGGUUCUAGACUCCGUUUUGCUAGAUUCUCUCUCUCUCUCUCUCUCUCUCUCUCUCUCCCUCUCUUUCUCCCUCCCUCCCUCUCUCUCUCUCUCUUUCCCUCU